AUUGCUGGUUUAUAGCUUGACAUCAGUUCCCCACCACAGUCCCUGCUACCUCCUCAGCACGUGCCCCACCCCUUGUUUGGCAACUUUCAAAGAGAUGCACAUACAGACGGAAGAGCAAGUACAGAUGCUGAAAGACCACCAACCACAAGCCUGAAUGAGGCCUUGGGAAAAGUCCUGCUAGCAUCUUGAUCUUGGACUUGUAGCUUCCAGAACUCCCUUUGUGUUCCAUCUUUAACACCUUAUACGAAAUAAGUGACAAGCAAAGGCCAGGAUGUGUGCGAAGACAACAGAGAGGGAGAAGAAACCAUGCAAAGAGAUAGGAUGAAUGCAAGGGUGACAAGCUCAGAAUGAGAAGGGAAUGAGAGGCCGGUGAAGGGAUCGCGGACGGAGAGGAUGGACAGACUUGCCGUGAAGCAGGGUGUGAUGGGCAGGCUUGGUGGUUCUCUACGUCAAUUCUCUGUGUUAAGAGGUGCAGAACAGUUGUUGGGGAUAGCACAAAUAAUAAUUACUAGGCGGAGAUUGUGAACCACAUCACAUGUAAAUCCUGUACCUGCCCUCUGAUGCCAUGAGUGUGGACCUGAGACACAAUAGUAACAUCACAGAGGGAGUGAAUUGGAGGGGAGGAAGCAUCAGAGACCUCAAACCACUGUCCCUGACUCCCAGGGUAUCAACUCUCCAGUUCCUCUUAGUCUUUGUCCUGCUUUUUCCGGAAGACUGUUGGCCUGAGAGGGCCGAAUAAGAACAGAAUUCCCUACUGCCUAAUGAUGUCACAGGAAGAACAGAAGAGAACUGAGCUAUGUCUAUUGUGGUGAAGUCCUUUAACCAUAAUUAUUUAGCCUUUUCAUUAAGUCUGCUUGCCCGUGUGUAUAUGGUCUAGAGAAACCUGGGUCAUCUGUGUCUCUUAUAUAGAAGUUCAAAAGGGAAUCACCCAUUCGAUAAAAAGUCUUAAAGAAAACAGUCAGGGAGAGCAGCGCUCUGUUGCUGUGCAUACUCCUCCUUGCUGUAGGAACCAUAUCUUAGUGUCGACACGAUGCGGUGGUCCAUCAGGAAGUGCUUCAAAACCUCUAUGGUCGUCAUAGUCCUGUGGCUCUUCAUCACCCUGAAAGUACCUGAGGAAAUUGAAGACAUCCAAAAGGUAAUCAAGCAUGGCAGUAAGAAGAACCCCAAACCCUUAGAAGACUGGCCAACCAUCACCUCCAAAUAUUUGGAAAAAGUCCACCAGAGAAGAAAGACCUGGCUGACAGUGGGGAUCAACUCAGUGUCACGGCAGGAUCAAGGUGGCCUCUUGGAUACACUGGCCUCCCUGUACCACGCCUCCUCCGCAGCCGAGCAGAAACGGAUAACAGUGCUAGUUCACCUGGCAGAGUCUGACCCCACCUGGCUCAGAAAAACUGUUCUCCGUAUUUCAAGCCUCUACCACUCCCAGAUCUUGUCAGGGCAAUUGCUACUGAUCCAUGCCCCGUCUGAUGCCUACCCUACCGUGACUGAUGACCAGAAGGAGCUCUCGAAGGGGCAGAUCUACUCCAAGCAGAACGUAGACCACGCCUUCCUCAUAAGCUUUGCCACAAAGCUCUCUACUUAUUUCCUAUUGAUAGAGGACAAUGUGCUUUGUGCUCCUAAUUUUGUCAGACAUAUUCGCUCAAAGGUAAUCAACAGGAAGCCCCACACAUGGGUACUCCUAGAGUUCUCUAAUAUGGGCUUCCUUGGCAAACUUUUCCACAGCAGGGACCUUCCACUUCUGGCCCGUUUCCUCCUCCUCUUCCACAAGGAACGACCGCUUGAAUGGCUGAUCCUUCAUUUCCGUACCCUCCUGGCCCAGCAAAACCCAAUCUUCUGCAGACCAUUUCUCUUCUACCACAGGCUAACUCACUUCACUUUGGAGAACAAGGCCUUAAUGGCCCAGGAAAAUGGUCCUUGUGGUCCUGAUGUCCUGCCUGGAACUGUUUUCACGGACAUGAGGCUCCCUGGUGUCCAUUCCCCGCAGGAGGCCUACACUCUGGACGAGUCCUUCUUUUGGACUUACAACGUCAGUACAGGCAACUAUCUGACAGUGAUUCUGAGCCACCCAGCGAACCUGAACAGAGUGCAAGUACGAACAGGCUCGCUCAUGGAUGCAAAGUACAUCCUAGAAAAAGGACAGGUAGAGCUAGGCUACCAGCCGGAAGGAAUACCCCCAAACUGUACCAGCUAUACCCUGCUGGGCCGUCUUGUGCAAGGGCAGAUGGAUCAUAUCAUUCUGGAAAGCACUGGGUACCAAGUGAGCUGCGUGAAGCUGUCAGUAAAUGCUAAUCAGGCUGGUGGUCUCAUGAUCAGGCAUAUCUACCUCUGGGGGCAAAUGUCUGAACCAGAGGGGCUGAUCAGACCUGAUGGUCUAUCAGAGUAAACAAUUAAAACUGCAAGCCAUCUCAUUCUAGCCACUACAAAUGACAUCGGAGAAAUCCAAGGGAAUAGUAGGCAGGAAAAGAAGGCACUGCCAUUUUUAUUUUUUAUUUUUUCCAGUGCCACUAAAACAUUAGGAAACAUUCUUUCCUUUUUCUACCCAAACAAACCACUCAAGUAGGA